AGCACGUGGGAUCCCCUUUUUCUUGGUCCUGGCGUAAUAAACAUUUGGUCCAUUGGCAUUUGCUACUGUACAAUGUUCAAUUUAUAAACUUUUCACUUGACUAUUCAUUAAUAGUUCCUCCAAACUACCUAUUACCUAUCUAUCCCUUUGGGUCAUGAAUAAAGACUCCAACUUUGGAAAAAUCUGAUGUUUAGAUACGAAUUCCAGAUAUACCAUACGCUUGCCUCAAGGAAAGCUGACCCCUUCGUCAGUGCUCCAGGCUAAUCUAGUACUCAACUUAGCCCAAAGCGAUGUCAGCAUCUGUGCCUUCUUUCGACCGCACCCGCCUAUAUUCGAAGUCUUGCCAUAUAUUUGAAAUAUAAAUCCAAAAUAAAGCGAACAAACAUAACAAUGGCCUUUCGUCGUACCCGGUUACUCCUCGCUGUUGUUGCCAUCUGGAUACUUGGGUCCUGGUACUAUAGUUGGCCCCCUUCCAGUGGUUCGUCGCUAUUCGGACGUCCUUCACAUGGCCCCGAUAGUCGGAUUACCCCAGGGUCUGCAGGAUCAGAUCGCCUGAGGUGGAAAAAGCGCCCUCCUAGCCAUCCUGUCGAGAGCUUCGUUACGCUUCCAACCAACAAGCCUAUCAAACCAGUCCCCCGUGUACAGGCAGCGAAGCCUCGAGAAAGCUCUGCUGGAAGGGACCUGCGGCUAAAACGCCUUGCUGCUAUUAGAGAUAGCUUCCAACACAGCUGGGGCGGGUACAAGAAACAUGCAUGGGGUCAUGACGAGAUUAAGCCUCUUUCGGGGUUAUAUAAGAAUCCUUUUGGUGGCUGGGCAGCUACACUCGUCGACUCCCUAGAUAGCUUGUGGCUCUUCGACAUGAAGGAAGAUUUUGAGCUCGCCGUGAGAGCUUGCAAUAAUAUUGACUUUACAACCACCGAAACAAACGACAUCAACAUUUUUGAAACAACGAUUCGGUAUCUAGGGGGCUUCUUAGCGGCGUACGAGCUAAGCGACAAGCAGUACCCGAGCCUGCUCAAAAAGGCAAUUGAGGUGGCCGAUUUGAUCAUGUCUGCUUUUGAUACACCAAACCACAUGCCAAUAACACGGUUUCCUUGGAAACAUUACACCAAAGGUCAGCCACAGAAAGCUCGAGGACAUGUCCUACUUGCCGAGAUAGGGUCACUGAACCUCGAGCUUACCAAGCUAUCCCAAUUGACCAAUGACAUGCAGUAUCAUGAUGCUGGGCAAAGGAUAUCCGAUCAGCUAGAAAUCAGCCAGAAACAAACUUCACUCCCCGGAAUGUGGCCUGUUACUAUGGACGCUUCAAAGUAUCCUCUCAAGUCUUCCGGAGACUCAUACACGCUCGGUGGGAUGAGCGAUAGUGCUUACGAGUAUUUGGGAAAGCAAUACCUAUUGCUCGGUGGGGCACUUGAUCAGCCACGGAAGAUGUAUGAAGAGUUUGUCGACGUUGCGAAGAAGCACCUUCUCCGUCGCGCCUUGAAUCCGGACAAUAUUCCCCUACUCUUCUUCGGCGACGCGCGCGUUGCCACUUUACCUGCCGGAGAAAUACAAAUUGUCACAACGCCGAUAGCGCAACAUUUGACAUGUUUUGCGGGGGGUAUGGUGGGUAUGGCAGCCAAGAUCUUCGAUCGCCCAUCAGAUCUAGACGUGGCCGAACAGUUGACUGAGGGUUGUGUGUGGUCGUAUAACCAGACGGUUUCGGGCAUCGGCCCCGAAAUCUUUCAUUUUAUUCCCUGCGAUCCAGACGUCGCCAAGGAUGAUUGUCAGUGGAGUGAGGCCCGCUGGACUGAAUCUUUAAGAAAAUAUUGGGGGCGGAGUACUAAGGGUGAGGCGCUCUCAGAUAAGCAGGUCGGAGACAUCAUAGAGUCGAGACGACUUCCCCGAGGUAUAGUUGAUGUCGACGAUCGUCGGUACCUUCUCCGCCCCGAGGCUAUCGAAUCUGUAUUUAUGAUGUAUCGCUUGACGGGUGAUUCCAAAUUCAUGGAAAAGGCAUGGGCUAUGUUUGAGGCAGUCGAGAAAUGGACGCGAUCAGAAUACGCUUCGGCCGCGCUCGAAGAUAUUACGGUCUCUCCUCCGACGCAAGUAGAUAGCAUGGAGAGUUUUUGGUUAGCUGAGACGCUCAAGUAUUACUAUCUGAUAUUUGGGGAUUGGGAUUUGGCUAAUCUAGACGAAUGGGUGUUGAAUACUGAAGCACAUCCCCUACGUCGGGCAGAUGCACAGCAAUAGAGCGUCAGUAUAUAGAGGAAUUGGCUUGGAUAUCCUCUUUAGUUAGUGUGUUUAAAGCAGUGCUGAUGCGGGUAUGAUAUAGGCGAGGGUUGGAUUGGAUUGAUGGUCCACGUAGUCCAUGUAGUCUAUGUAUGGAUGUGUAUGAGGUAGCUAUGUAUGAAUGUCGCAGUUGAUCAAUUCUCUCGACUUUAUGCAGGCCAUAACCUUACAUGUUGGCAUAUUGACAUGAUACUUUAGGGUUCGAAUGUUAAAUAUCGGGAGCUGCAUGCGUGUAGAAGCAUUGAAGCAUUUUAGCCUGGCAGUCAAAUCUUACAUGAUGUCGGGUCUUCGGAAUUAUGUACUACAUAGUAAUAUGUAUCAU